UCUUUCACAAAGUUCAUAUGUACAGUUCAUGAGACUCUUAUCUCUGUGAUGGUGAUGAAUGGUCUCAGUGUGCUGUGACUUCUCGAGCAGGCGGCUGGUAUUUCAGUCUGGAGGAGAGAGAGAGUUGAAAGUUCAUCAUGGCUUGCGCAUAUCAGGUGUCAAUGUGGAAAAGUUUGGCUGUCUCGGCAUAUUAAAUGUCUCAGACUCGGACCAUGACAAGCAAAGGGACCUACAAUGAGGUUUACGGGAAAACCGACGCGCUGCCAUUCGAUUAUUAUGAGGACGAUUUCGACACGUUCACGGACGGGGACGCAGACUUCUGUGAUGAAGGAGUUCUUGGGUUCAGCGAUCCGUUCAGCAGUGAGGUAAAACCUCGAAUCCUACUCAUGGGCCUGCGGCGAAGCGGCAAGUCAUCCAUUCAGAAAGUUGUAUUUCACAAGAUGUCACCCAACGAGACGCUCUUCCUGGAGAGCACCAAUAAGAUUUGCCGAGAGGAUGUGUCCAACAGUUCUUUUGUCAGCUUCCAAAUCUGGGACUUCCCCGGUCAGAUUGAUUUCUUCGACCCCACGUUUGACUAUGAGAUGAUAUUUCGUGGAACGGGGGCUCUCAUCUUUGUGAUAGACUCACAGGACGAUUAUGUGGAGGCAUUAAGCAGACUUCACCUCACUGUGACAAGGGCCUACAAGGUCAAUCCAGACAUCAACUUCGAGGUGUUUAUCCACAAGGUGGACGGACUGUCGGACGACCACAAGAUUGAGAAACAGAGUGACAUCCAUAAACGAGCCAAUGAUGAUCUAGCUGAUGCUGGUUUGGAAAGAAUACACCUAAGCUUUUACCUGACAAGCAUCUAUGAUCAUUCGAUUUUCGAGGCCUUCAGUAAAGUCGUGCAGAAACUAAUUCCUCAGCUUCCGACUCUUGAGAACCUGCUCAACAUUUUCAUAUCUAACUCAGGGAUUGAAAAGGCUUUUCUCUUUGAUGUGGUCAGUAAGAUUUACAUAGCGACAGACAGCAGCCCGGUGGAUAUGCAGACCUACGAGUUGUGUUGUGACAUGAUAGAUGUUGUUAUUGACAUCUCGUGCAUCUACGGGUUGACUGGGGAUGAGACAGGAACUCCUUAUGAUAAAGAGUCCAUGGCCAUAAUUCACCUGAACAACACGACUGUCAUGUAUCUUAAGGAAGUCACCAAAUUUCUCGCUCUGGUGUGUUUCAUCAGAGAGGAGAGUUUUGAGAGGAAAGGACUCAUCGACUACAAUUUCCACUGUUUCAAGAAAGCCAUAGAGGAGGUGUUUGAUGUGCGGUUACAAGUGCAGAGAAAUCGCAAGCUUCUAAACCAGAGACGCUGGAGCAGACAGAAGGUGCCUAAUGGAUCUCAGUUGCAUCCCCAUUGAAGAGCAGUGGAAAGCUGUCCAGUCUGUUGCCGUGACUCAGAAGUGAAGGAUUCACGCAGACUUGAUUGUUCGCUUGUUCUGAAGGGCCACUUACUGCUCUACAGGAAUCCAGAAUGUCAAUACACACCACAUUGUGUGUUCAAAGCCUUGCACUGCUGAACUUAUUCACCCAUGUGUUAACUGUCUGCGAGGAAGAAACCUUUUUUUUAACAGAAGGAGGCCGUUAAUAGUUUUCCACAAAAUCUAAUGCAUAGUCGGAUGCAUCAGAUAAUGCUGAUAAAGUGCUUUUUGUAUAUAGGCACAACAGCUUUUACAAUAUUAUAGUAGCAAAUGUGCAUUGUAAAACAGUGGAAAAUUUAAAGAUGCAAUGCACCUUUAUUGCAAUAUGUGUUUGAAACAUAAAACUGCAACCUUACGUACUUAUCUUUACAUGUGUUGAAGUUAAAUAAUGUACCAACCAGCGAAACCAUCCAGACACCACACAUUAUAAAUCUUUAUUAUAAGAUGAGGAGAGAACUCCUUAUACUUAUUUUCUUUAUUUUUAAAAGUUUACACUAAAAAAGUAACUGAUCAGUGCACAUUUAAUAUAUAUAUAUUUAGAUUAUUUUGUUAACCCCUUGAUCAAAAAGUUAAGCAUAUUUUUUCUCUCUCCUGUUUAUAUGCAGAGUAAACUAUAAGUAAGCCAUUUGUCAGAUGAGUGUAAUCCUUUUUGUAAAUUGUUACAGCAUUUAUGUUCAGAAAACAAUCAUGAUGUGUGUUUGACUUACAUGCAUUGUUGUGCAUGUUAAUUGACAUCAAAGUAGCGCAAGAACGACUCAAAAGCUUUUAAAUUCACAAUUUUCAAGAAUUUGUGAUCUUUUUGGUCUGCGACUCAUAAAGUUUAACACGCAUAUUCUUUUCACGAUGCUAGUGAAACCUUUUUUUAGGGUUCAGCAAUUUUCCUUUUUGAAAGUAAUAAUAAACUCAGAAAAAAUGGUUUUCAUUACCCCUGCAAUAAUUCUGUAUUUUACUCCUUUGAUAGAUAUGAAAAAAAUUAUUUCUUCACUUGUGCAAAAACAUGUCAGCAAACACAACAAAGUAACAGCAAAGAGCAUGUAAAUAGUUGCUCUUCAUCUGCAUAUAUGGUCUACAAGCACAAAAAUGAAUACUAAUUUGCUUAACAUUUAUUAAUUUUAAUGAAUAUUAAAAGUAAUUUUGUUCUCUUA